AUGCCUUCGGUCCUACAGCUGCCUUCCCUGUGGUGCUCGACAUGCAGCUUAAGAUUAGUUGCUCAUGACGGCUUGCACCACACCUCGAAGGCGAAGCGACUGCGACGCACAGUUCGAAGACGUUCCAUCUGGUUCGUACCGGUCCUGCUAGUCGCUGGCUGCCACACUUCGAGCAACUAUGUUAAUCUGGCUGGAAAGGCUUGCGGCCUGAGACACAUCAAGCACAGGACAUGGUUUGGUUCUGCAUGCCAUCCCGACAGCCAGGAGGGCACGACAAUCAACACUGAUUUGAGCCGUGAUGAAGCCUUCAUGGAGCGCCUGCAGGGCCUGGCACUUGAGGCCCUGACCUGGCCUUUUCUGGUCGACCGGCAGCGCUUGAUAUGGGCCUCCGCAUUGGAGUUCGACGCAGUGCCAGUUGAGGAGCUGCCACCUUGGUUCCUGGAGCAACAAAACCUCAGCCGCAGAAGUUUAGGUGUGCACCUGUUGAGCAUGGAUGGCAAACGAGCAUUGCUCUGCAGCUCCGGCGUAGACGGCCAUGUGCCCGACACCGAGCUCAAGCGCUUCCUCCGUACAGCUCGAUGCGUCUGCAAGGCAUCGGACUAUAUUCUGGUGACUUGCGGAAGCUGCCAACUGACAGAGGAAUCAGAACGUUGGUUGCGCCGGUAUGGAGCGGUGAAGAAGCCUUUGACCAAGCAGGCGCUGUGGAGAUAUGCUCGGGAACAACGCAGAGACAUCAACCUCGAGCAUUCUGCAGAUCUGCCGCUGCGCCCCUGCCAGGAAGCCUGCUUGAAUGCGUGCGCCAAGGGAGCCCGAGUUGUGGAGUUAGCCUGUGGGACAGGGAAGACUCGCAUCAUGCGGGAACUUGCCAAUGAUGCCUCAGAAUGCGACAGAGUGCUUGUUACCACGCCUUCUCGAGUCUUGAUGGAGCAGAUCUCAAAGGAGUUUCCGACAUUUUGCAAAGUUGGAAUGGGUUACAACAGAGGCGUGAACUUUAGUGCUCCGGGCUUUGUCUCUGUAACGGACUCGGUGCACCGCUUGCAGAAAAUCAAGUUUGGGCGGGUUCUAAUCGAUGAGGCUCACCAUCCCAUUCCAAGAGGCAUGCCUGAGGGCCGAGAGCUCUACAAGUUUUCUGCGACGCAUGUCGAGGAUGUCGACUACCGAUACGCAAUGAGCCGGGCGAUACAAGAUGGCGUUCUUUGUGACUACGACAUGACGUUGCCUGUGACAACCAAAGGCCACCCGUUCUUGUCCUUGGCCCAUCUCCUGGUGUCAAUGGCGGGGCACUUCCGCAGGGUGCUUGCCUAUUGUAACUCGGUGGCGGAAGCGAAGCGCUUCAGGAGCCUUCUUGAAUCGCUAGGCCUUGCGGCUUGGCACAUGAACGGUUUUACACGGCUUCGCGAGCGAGAGAAGAUAAUGGAAGAGUUCACAGGAUGUAUGCAGAAGCCAGUGCACAUCCUUGUGACGGUUCAGGUUCUCGGAGAAGGUGUCAACAUUCCCAAUGCAGACACAUGUAUGUUCGUGGAGCCCAGGAAUAGCUACAAAAGCAUUGUUCAGGCCAUGGGGAGAGUCUUGCGCCACCAUCCCUCCAAGCCUUUAGCUCACAUUGUCCUCCCUGCCAUUGCUGCUGAUCCAAGAAGCUCACAGCCGGAGGUGUUGGAAGCGGAUCGUCUGCGUGUUGUAGCGAGAGAGAAAGCUAGCACCGUGCCGCAUGCGGGCGAGAAAGGUGUGCUUCAAGCUGGGCAUGGUAAGCUCGCCUCGGGUAACACUGAUAUGGCGAGCAUCCGAUCUGCUGCAGACACGGCUUCAUCAAGGGCUGUAGCCAACCAGAGUUCUGUCCGAGGUCCAGUCAGACCCAAAGCGACACAGGCUUGGACCCACAAGGGGCGCAGAAAAGAGAACUUCCCUACUAAAGUGCACCCUGACAAAAGCUCUUCGGAAGUGCUUGUGGAAGGGACAAGUGUGAGCAUAGACAACGUCACAUAUGAGUACCGGCCAGCAAGGCAAUCACGAGAGGUGCAGGCAUACACACGAAGGACAGGAAACGAAGCAAUGAGCGGCCAUGAAGGGUUGCGUGCCCUCGUACCUGGUGGCUUCCACGAGCAGGUCGAACGCUUCAUGCUUGUCAUCGCACAGGCCGACAGCCGCUUGCAACAGCAGCCGCUGCAGUCGCGCCUGAGGGUGGUUGAUGCAAGGAGCGAGACUCUGACGGCAGGCAUUAUCACGAAAGACAUAUUUCACAAAGUGACCUUCGUGCUCAAGGCUUCGCGGACUGAUGCGUGGGCUGAUCGUUUCCAAGCUCUCGAAAAGUUUGUUCGUGAGAAAGCAAGGCUUCCCACAGAGAGGGCGAAAGAUGAUUACGAGCGUAAUUUGGGCAUUUGGCUGCGGACCUUGGGGAUUUCUGUACGACAGCGCACGGCACCGACAUACCGAGUGCAAAGGAUGCUCGGGUCGCCCUGGCCGUUGAUUAGAAAUCGCGUUCAGGAAUGGCUGGGUUAUGAUCUGGUAUUCACGGAGAGGUGUGACCGGUUGAAGGAGUUUGUCCGGAAACAUGGCAAGAUACCGACACGGCGCGAGUUCAUGGGAAAUAAAGCCUCGACGGGCUACCAGCUCGUAACUUUCCUUGCCAACGUCAGGGCUGGUGCUUUUCGGAUAACGGAAACUAGACUGCAGAUGCUAAGGGAAGUGCAUCCCUUGGUUGCCGAGAAGCUUGCCUCGUGGAUUGGGAGUAAAAGAGGAUUACAAGAGAGGGCAUGGCAUCAACGUGCCCAACGUGUGAUAGAUUUUGUAACGCGGCAUGCCCGAAUUCCCAAGCCGAAGGUCCGCCAGGAAUUUGCAGACUAUUGGUGGCUGACAACGCAGAAAUAUCGUUUCGCGCUCUUGCCGGAGGAGUGGAAGAGAAAGCUUCUGCACUACCCAGUACUUGCUUCAUAUCUGCUCUCCUGA